AUCGGCAGGACAGGACGGGUAUAAAGGUAACGCACAUAGACGACACAUGCUGUCAAAUCAAAGCAUCAAUUUGACUCGCCUCAAAUCGUACUCUUAAACACGAACAAAUCCUCAGACGAAGAUGGCGACCAAAAUAAUUGCAGUGGUCGGUGCCACUGGCAACCAGGGCUCUUCAGUCGCCGCGACGUUCCUCCAGGAACCCGGCUGGCAGGUCAGAGGCAUCACGCGGGACCCUUCCAAGGAGUCCGCCAGAGCAUUGGCCAGCCGUGGAGCGGACGUCGUCACGGCUGACCUCGAUGUCCCUGGUUCCAUGGAAAAAGCCUUCCGCGGCGCCAACGUCAUCUUUGGCACCACCGACUUUGUGCAGCACUUGCAAGACCCCAAGAUUAUUGCAGCAGCCCAGGCAGAGAACCGCCCUGUCAAUGAACUGGCCACAGAGCGAGAGACGGAGCAGGCGAAGAGGCUGAUCGACGCGGCAGCGGCUAAUGUGGAUGCCCUCGAUCUGUUCGUUUUGAGCACACUCAGCGACGCCAAGGGCCUGAGCCAGGGCAAGAUCCAGUACAACCUACACUUUGAUUCCAAGUGGGCCGCAGUCGAGUAUCUCAAGGCCACCUAUCCCGCCCUUUGGGCCAAGACGAGCUUGCUGCAGUUGGGCAUCUUUGCUAGUAACUGGAAGGUCCCCUACUACACGCCGAGAAAGCAAGAAGACGGGACGUUCAAGCUCAGUCUGCCGAUGAGCGGCGACAAAAAGUUUCCCAUCAUAGACCCCAAUGCAGAUACUGGUCACUUGACCAAGGCCCUCGUUCAUGUCGCACCAGGAACCCAUCUUGUUGGCGCGACCUCCAUGAUAAGCUGGAAUGAAUGGUGCGAAGCUUGGAGCAGACAAACCAAAGCGCAGUGCAAAUUUGAGAAACUGGACCGUAAGGUGCUCGAGGAAAUCAUGGGACCCCUGGGCCGGGAAAUUGCCGACAUGUUUCAGUAUCCGUACAUGGAUGAAUUUGGGUACGACGGAAGUGACCCAACGGUGGUGUACCCCUGGGAUCUCCGUGUGGAGGUUGCAACCACGCCGAUUGAGCAGUAUCUAGCGAGGCAGGACUGGUCCAGUGUUUUAUAG